AUGGGUAUGGGUCCUGAUUCUUCCAAACCCAAGUUACAGUUUGAGGUGAAAUCAAAGGUCAACAACAAGCAGAAGAAGAAGAAGAAGAAGCAGAGAGAUGUUGUGGUGGCUAAGAAUAGGUCAGAAGAAGAUUUUGGCUGCUGGAUUCGAUUGAGGCUGAUCGGUGGUUGCAUGCCUUCAAGAUCAAAAGUAGAUAGCUCCUUGAGUGGAAUCACUAAUCAAUAUGCUGAAAGCCAGUCUGCAAAUGAGAAAAUCAAAGACCAACCAGUUGUCCCAGUAUUGUCGUCUACGACUACUAGUAAUGCUGAGAGUACAGCAUCAACACCUAAAUUCAGCGAGGAACUAAGGCUUGCUUCUCAGCUGCGGAAGUUCACGUUCAAUGACCUUAAACUAGCGACUAGGAACUUCAGGCCCGAAAGUCUGCUAGGGGAGGGUGGUUUUGGAUGCGUCUUCAAAGGGUGGAUUGAGGAGAAUGGGACUGCUCCAGUUAAACCAGGAACUGGUCUCACUGUCGCAGUGAAAACCCUGAACCAUGAUGGCCUUCAGGGUCAUAAAGAGUGGCUUGCUGAAGUUAAUUUUCUUGGGAACCUUCUCCAUCCGAAUUUGGUCAAGUUGAUUGGUUACUGCAUUGAAGACGACCAAAGGCUGCUGGCGUACGAGUUUAUGCCUCGUGGAAGCUUGGAGAACCACCUCUUCAGGAGGUCCUUGCCACUUCCUUGGUCAAUCAGAAUGAAAAUCGCACUUGGUGCUGCUAGAGGUCUUGCAUUUCUUCAUGAAGAAGCUGAAAGACCAGUAAUAUAUCGUGAUUUCAAAACAUCAAACAUCUUAUUGGAUGCGGACUACAACUCCAAACUUUCCGACUUUGGCCUUGCAAAGGAUGGUCCCGAGGGAGAUAAGACUCAUGUAUCUACACGAGUUAUGGGGACAUAUGGCUAUGCUGCCCCAGAGUAUGUGAUGACUGGACACUUGACGUCAAAGAGUGAUGUAUACAGCUUCGGAGUAGUUUUGCUAGAAAUGUUAACUGGUCGGAGGUCCAUGGACAAGAACCGACCUAACGGGGAGCAAAACCUAGUGGAAUGGGCAAGGCCGCAUUUUGCCGACAGAAAAAGGUUCUACAGAUUAUUAGACCCUCGUCUCGAAGGCCAUUUCUCGAUCAAAGGUGCUCAGAAGGCUAUACAACUAGCAGGGCAGUGUCUCAGCCGCGAUCCAAAAGCCAGGCCUAGAAUGAGUGAGGUAGUUGACACAUUAAAGCCUCUACCAAGCUUGAAAGACAUGGCCAGCUCUUCUUACUUCUUCCAGACUAUGCAAGCGGAGCGCAACAAGUCGAACUUGAAUUCCAAGAAUGGGGUUAGAACUCAGGGUGGAUUUAUGACGAGGAACGGUCAAACUCUGAGGAGCUUAUCGAGCUUAAGCGAUGCACGUGCGGCUUCUCCAUAUAACCAGCCUUGCCAGUCACCAAAACCUAAUGGGAAGAAGUCAUAG